AUGUCGUUUUGCAAGAGCUACGGGAAAGAUAAGGUCAUAUUCGCCACCAAAGAAGACCACGCGGUGCCCAGCAAGAUAGAACUGCCCGAGUCGGAACCGCGACCUGGUCUGAUUUUGGAAAGUGGCGACAUCAAUUGGAACUGUCCCUGCCUAGGCGGCAUGGCGAUCGGUCCGUGCGGGGUCGAAUUCCGAGAAGCCUUUUCCUGCUUCCACUACAGUCAAGCGGAGCCAAAAGGUUCCGACUGCUACGAAGCGUUCAGCACGAUGAACGAGUGUAUGCGAAAUUACCCGGGCGUUUACAAACAGAACCUCAACGAGGAAGACGGUGAGGACGCCAGCGGUGUGGCAAUGAUCGCCAACAACGGCGACGGGAAGGAAGACGUUGAUGAGCCAUCGGCAAAGCCACCGGCGGAAACCGUUACAAACACCGUAGCCACGAAGGCGAACUAGUUUGUAUUACGUACAAAGAUUUAUCGAGUAAAAUGUGUUGCA